ACAAGCGCAAUCCGGCGCAACAAACCCCCAAAACGACCGUCAAGAUGGCUCCCGGAAUGUCCCUUUUCUCCGUCAAUGCGAUCCUCAUCCUCAGCAUUGAGGACGGAUCGCGGUUAUUCUCCAAGUACUACAGCGCACCCCACCAAGGCACACAAAAGGACGGCCAGACGAACCCUUACCCCGAUGUCAAGUCGCAAAAGGCCUUUGAGAAGGGUCUCCUGGAGAAGACGGCCAAGCAGACCGGCGAUAUUAUUCUCUACGACAACCGGAUCGUUCUGUACAAGAUGGAGUCGGACGUCAUGAUGUAUGUUGUUGGAGGCGUUGACGAGAACGAAGUUCUUCUCUACAACGUCAUUUUGGCCCUGAGAGAUUCCCUGCACCUCCUCUUCAAGCAAUCUGUCGACAAGCGCACAAUCGUUGAGAACUACGACCUCGUCUCCCUCGCUAUCGACGAGAUUGUUGACGACGGCAUCAUCCUCGAGACCGACCCUACCAUUAUCGUCCAAAGAGUCAGCAAGGCCCCGGCGCAAGACGUCGACCUCCGCCGCAUCGACCUCAGUGAACAAGGUGUCAACAACCUGGCCCAGCUGGGUAAGUCGAAACUGGCGGACUGGUUGCGGCAAGGCUUGUAAGGG